AUCUCUGCUUUCUCACCCGCACCAUCCAUCUAAUCUGCCCUCCCAGUAGUCAGUCUUUAACUUUGAGUCCAUUUCGUAGGGAUUAGGAUUCCACAAAUGGGCAGUAUUCUCAAUCUUGCAUUGAUGGUGAAUCUUUGGUCCUGAUUUUUGUCGUACUGCUUGUUUCCUUAUCUUCUUCCAUUUGGGUCUGUUGAAAUCUUCGUUUCAGUGCCUUGUUUCCUUUUAUCUUUUCCUUGAAUUGGGUUCACUGUUUCUGUCAUUGAUUUUGUGCAAAGAUCUACAUACAUCACUUCUCUUGAUGCAUUCUGAUCUGGUCUUUUGUUCUUCAAUCUGUACUUAUUGCCGACCUCUUGUUUAUCUUUCAAUUGAAUUCUAUGCUUGGUGAUUGAUGACGCCCUCCCAUUUCUUGACGAAUCAGCAUCUGGGUUUGGUCCCUUCUUCUUGUUUUGUUUGUUUUUCAAUCUUAUUCUUCUUGUUUUAGAUUGUAGCUUGUCAGUGAGAGGGAUCCUGAUCUGGGACUUGAGUUAUGAUUCUUGUUUUCUUCGUUGAUAUUCCAUUUGCUUGUUGAAUUUGGAAUAUAAUUUGUUUUAUUGUCAAUUUGGUACCGAGGGAGUGGUAAUAGGAGAUGUUUGGCUCAGGCGGCAUGAACUUGAUUACUACUAUUAUUGGGUUUGGGAUGAGUGCCACUUUCAUUGUGUUUGUCUGCACCAGAUUGAUUUGUGGGAGACUCAGAGGAGUUGAGUCCAGGCAAAUGUUUGAAAUCGACUCGAGGAUUGAUCUUGAACAGCCAGAGCAUCAAAAUAGCGGCGUUGAACCAGUUGUUGUUGCUGCAAUUCCAACAAUGAAGUUCAACUGUGAGGCUUUCAGUGAAGAUGCACAGUGCUCAAUCUGUUUAGGGGAGUACCAAGAGAAGGAAGUACUGCGGAUCAUGCCCAAAUGUGGCCACACUUUUCACCUCUCAUGUAUUGACGUGUGGCUAAGAAAGCAAUCUACAUGUCCAGUUUGCCGGUUGCCCUUGCGAGAAUCCUUGGACACAAAACGCAUCAGAAGUGCUGCAUUUCAAAUCAGCCAUACUGCUGGCAGCUCGGAGGUUUCGAUGGAGCAUUCUCAGCAAUGGAUACCGCACGGUCCUGAGCGUUUGGUGGGAAAUGGUAGUAAUCAAGGCCUACCCAGUAGUCAAAACCAAGAACUUGCUCCUCCUGUUGAAGCAGAAACAAGAUAACGUAUAAGGAAAAGCCAGAGAGGCAUACGUUCUGAGGCAAUGUCAUGUCUUUUUUUUACUUGCUAUAUGUACAAACACGCCUUUAUAUCCUAGUUGGGAUCGGUAUAUGCCUGGUUACUCAGAUUAUUGUUUCACUGUAAAAAAGCUUCCCAGAAGUUAGGAGAGUUCUGCAACCCGAUCGCAUAGAUAAUUUGGUACCGGUUAUUUAUGAUGGUCUAUAGAGUUUGGAAUUCUUUUUACAAA